AUGGACGUGACAUCACUACUGAACGUAGCGGCGGGAAAAAAGCCCAUUAUUCGGGAUAAUUCACUUGAAACCAUCUCCGUACCAAUUUUUCAAAGACAAAACACCUCAUCGUCCCCGGAGAAGAUAGCUUCUUCCAGGCGGACAAGCGACCCCCGAGCACCGCGGAACCGCACGCCAUGGGAUGCGGGCGGUUAUUCUCUUCCUCUAGCUCUUGACACCAAGUUUCCUGCCACACACACGAAGCCUACAUACUACAGCGAAUCUGACGUGGAUCAGUCGGCCUCUGCGAGUUCUUACGACGUCCCUUCAUCGAGCUGCCAUUCUAGGGCCAGCUCACUCAGUUCCUUGGCGCACGAGAUGGCGCACUCCGCCAAUAUCACUCCGAUGACGAGCACACAUCCCGGCCGGUAUGCGAGCCAGAAUCACAACUUCACGUUGAGACUAGCCAAAGGUCAGCCAGCUGAGGGAGUUGUCUACAAUGCCAUCAUGUCGCGGCAUAUCAUCAAUCGUAUUCGUACUUGGCUAACGUUCCCCAGGCCUAGCAUUCCCGGUGAUUCGGAUGCUCAAUUAACGGCACGGCCCAAUCUUUCCCGCGACGAUGAUGGUCAUCAUGCGACGGGAGGAUUUCCCAAAUCCCCGAAACACAAAUUCUCCGACAGCCAUAGCAGCUUAUCGUCCUAUACCUCCUCCAACCAGUCAGGAGGUCACUCAAGGAUAUCCUCAUUAUCUACUGUGAGCGGCAUUCAGCCGUUCACGUCUCUGUUGAACGAUGUACCAGCCUUCGACAGGAAACUCGAUCACCAGCAAGCCAUGGGCGGCCCAGGCAUGAUUGAUAUUCAGCCCCCGUCGCCAAGAACGAUGGGUCAACAUGAUCCUGUGGUCAUGGAUCCUGCAAUGAAGGGAACUGGAAGACCGGGAAGUCCGUCCGAUGCGAUUCUCAUUACCCGAGGGAUGGGUGGCAGCAACCGGUCAAGUCCAACCGACGGUUUGAGCUGGACUCUGCUGAUCACAUCGAACAAUAGCCCUCAUUCAAAACAACAGCAAGACAAUCUUAAUUACCUCUCUUUACCGCAAGAUCAAUCGUCAAGAACCCACAAACGAGCUGUUUCUGCUCCUGACUUUGCCGCUAUCUCUGCGCCGACCUUUCAGCCUUUUCCUUCGGUAUCGGAAACUGCGCCCUUUCCACCGCAACAGCAACAGACGUACGGCAUGUCUCCUCCCGACUCUCCCCCGGCCGUGUCCGGUAACGAUGAGAUUAAGUGCAUGUACAUUGAGAACUGCGACACCGGAUCUCAACCCCGCAAGGCCAUUUCACACAUUUUCGGUCGCAACAAAUUGUGCACCCGCAUGAUUCCCGCUCACGUCUGGGUUCACUUCUGCCGCAAGCACUACCAGCGCAGCCGUUACCGCAAUGCUCAUGAGUACUCCAAGCUCCAGGUUGACCUCGUGCAGAAGCAGAUCGCCAGAGUUCAGCAGUGGAGCGACGAAAAUGAGAGAGCCGGCAAGGCAGGUGUGGUGAACAGCUGGUCUCUUGCCAUCCGCAAGCGAGAGCAGAAGCGAUUGGAAGAUAAGAAGGAGUCGAAGAAGCGUGCCUAUCAAGAUGAGUCCGAGGACGAGCAGCUCGACGGUGCUAUGCUCAACGGCACUGCCGUCCCCGAAUGGCUCCUCAGCAAGUGCGGUGCUGGAUACACCACUGUUGCGAUUCAGGAGAUUGUGGCUCAGUUGAAGACCGAGAUCGAUGGUGGCAGCCUGAGCCAGAUUCCCGACAUCGAGAUCCUCCCUACCAUCAGCAGCGAUGGCCCUGACGAGAAGCCCAAGACCUACCUCAAGCGCAAGACGAGCGGCGGAGCUGCCCACAAGCGUUCGCAGUCAAUGGGUGUUGCUCUUAGACCCGAGGCACUUCCUAUGGCUAGACGCGUCAGCCAGCCCAAUGCCUACUGGGGCCAUGAAAGUAAAUACUCCUCUUCAUUCAAAGAUUGGCACCACAAUACUGACAUUUCUCUAGCCGGCUUCUAUGAGGAUCGCAACGCAAUUCCCGGCAUGCCUCGAGUUCCAUCAGGCAUGCGUCGUAUGAACAUCCCGCAUCGCCCCGCCUUUGGCAACAUCCGUGAGAAUCACCCCGAGGAGGAUUACUACCGCCAGCCCCAGAUGGGUUCUGGACCCUUCAUCUUUGGUGCCGGUGGCCCUCAAGGUGGACCUCUCCCCGCACCGACUCCCCAGCGUCGCGGCAGCAAGUCCAUGGCUUCUCACCUCGAGACGUCGACUCCGAUGCCUGCCUACCCUGACCCUCGUCGGGCAUACCAUCAGCGAUCUCAGAGCGAAAUUGGUGGGGGCUUCCAUCAGGGACAGAAUCCCACGUACCGACCCAACUCGUCUUCGGGCUUCGGUCCUUACGGAUACGCACCCAACCCGGUUGACCAGCAGCAGCAACAACAACAACAGCAGCAGCCAGAUCAGUACGAUGGCACCUACCCUCGUCCUCACGACAACCCGUUUGCCCAGGCCGCUCAGCCCAACUACUACGAGGACCCUCAGCGGCAGUACGCUUACGGCGGCUCUCCGUUCCAACCCAAUCCUGCGUCUCGCCUUGGUCCUGUAGGCGCCAACAGACACACUCGUCACCAGAGCACUCCGAACGCACCCCGUGCCAUGCACCGCGCUCCCUCGGCGCACGGUUUCGCGGUGGCCCCAAACCAGCAAGGCUAUGAUCGGACUCCCGAGCACUCGCGCCAUUCCUCCUACGCCACGCCGCCCAUGCAGCCCAUGCAAACCAUGCAGCCCAUGAAUGAUGGCACUCGUCACUGA